AUGGUGAUGAUGAGCCGAGUGCAUUAUUUCCUCACCGCCUGUGUGUCCCUGCUACCGCUCUCAGCAGCUGAAUCAGGUCAGACCAAGGAGCCAUACGUGGUGUACAUGGGGCGCGCAACAACGGGCGGCGGUGGCAGCAGCGACCCAGAGGCGGUGCGGGCCGCUCACCUGCAGUUGCUGUCGUCCGUCAUCCCCAGCGACGAGCAGCCGGAGAGGCUGUGGCUGCGGCACAGCUACCACCACGCGUUUGAGGGCUUUGCCACCCUGCUCACCCAGGAGGAGGCCACCACUCUCUCAGGGCACGAGAGGGUGGUGUCGGUGUUCCGGGAUCGAGUGCUGCAGCUGCACACUACGAGGUCGUGGGACUUCCUGGACGCGCAGUCUGGGCUCUGGCCCGACCGCCUCAGCCGCCGGGCGUCCGGCGAUGUCAUCAGCGGCGUCGUUGAUACUGGUGUCUGGCCGGAGUCGCCGAGCUUCAACGACGCUGGGAUGCCGGAGAGGAAGCUUAUAGGCGCCGGGUACUACGACCUCACCCAACAUGACGACAAUGAGUCUUCGGCGUCCACAGAGUCAAAAAACGCCUCUCGCACUGGGGCAGCGACAGGAGGCUCGCCACGGGACACCCAUGGGCACGGUACACACACAGCGUCGACGGCAGCCAGCGCAGCCGUGCCCCACGCGAGCUACCACGGUCUCGCCCGGGGCACGGCCAAGGGCGGGGCGCCGGCGAGCCGUGUGGCCGUGUGGCCUGCUCGAGCCACGGGUGCACAAGCUCCGCCAUACUCAAGGCCAUUGACGACGCCCACGCAGGGAGUAGCGAUCAACUUUUCGAACCAGUGCCUCAGCGGAGGUCGGUAUCCCGUCGUGUUUGGUCGCCAGGUCGCAGCCAGGCAUACGACCGUGUUCGACUCGAGCAACUGUUACCCAGGAUCGCUGGACGCGCGGAAGGUGGCCGGGAAGAUUGUAGUUUGCAUCGGCACGGACAGAUCUGUGCCGCGGCGGGUGAAGCCAAUCGCCGCCGAGCAGGCAGGCGCGAGGGGCCUGCCUGAUGUGAUGGCGCCUGGAGUUGACAUACUUGCAACUGUGAUCCCGUCCAUGGACAAGGACAAGCAGCAGCCCUCAGCGUUCGCAAUCCAAGUCUGGAACACUUCCAUGGACUGUCCACACGUUGCCGGCGCUGCCGCCUUCCUCAAAUCUGCCCACCCUGGCUGGAGCCCGUCCAUGAUCCGAUCAGCUCUCAUGACAACAGCGACGUCGAGGAACAACCUCGGGGAGCCUCUGGCGAGCAGCGCCGGCACCGUGGCUACAGGCCACGACAUGGGCGCCGGGGAGGUGAGCCCACUACGGGCACUCAGCCCGGGCCUGGUGUUCGACACCACCACAGACGACUACCUCGACGUCCUCUGCUACUACGGCUACGACGACAAGCGCGUCCGCAAGAUCUCCGGCGUCGCACGCUUCGCCUGCCCGGCCGACGCGCCCUCCGAAGACCUUGUUGCCGCGCGCGUCAACUACCCAUCCAUCUCGGUGCGACGGCUCCACGCCGGUAAGGUGGUCACCGUGGCGCGCACCGUUACAAACGUGGGGUCGUCCAAUGACACCACCUACAAGGCCACCGUGGAGACGCCGCUGGGCCUGACGGUGCAUGUGGUGCCGGAGCGUCUCGUGUUCUCACACAGGGGAGCCACUGCCAAGUUCGAGGUGACCUCCCAUGAUGGGAAUAAUGCCGCCGUGAACAAAGGAUACGCACACGGCGCCGUCACCUGGUCAGAUGGUGCGCACUCGGUUCGCCUACCUUUCGCUGUUCAUGCGGUAUGA